CGCUUCACACAUCCUCCUCAUCCUCCUCCUAUACUACCAUUUUAAUAUUCACCCGUCUCCGACAACUUCAUACCACAAUCUUUCAAAAUGAGGACUUCUUUCUACUCCAUCAUCGCCCUGUGCCUUGCCGUCUCGACGCUUGCCGCCCCGAUGGCCGAGCGUGGAAACAGAAAACAACUGUCUGUGUACAAGCGAGCCGGCGAGGUUCCUGCCCUUCCCGCCACCCCCGAGGCUCCCGCCACCCCCGAGGCUCCCGCCUUCCCGGAGGCCCCCGAGCUUGCUGCCGCUGAGGCCCCUGCCGUCCCCGAUACUCCUGCCGUCCCCGAGACUCCUGCUGUCCCUGAGAGUCCUGCCGUCCCUCAGGCUCCUGCCGUCCCUGAGGCUCCUGCCGUCCCCGAGGCUCCUGCCGUCCCUGAGGCUCCUGCCGUCCCCGAGGCUCCUGCCGUCCCCGAGACUCCUUCCUUCCGCAACAGGGUUCCUACCACUCCCGCCGUCCCGGAGGCUCCCGAGGUGCCUGUCACCCCCGAGACUCCCGCCACCCCCGAGGUUCCCGCCACCCCCGAGACUCCUGCCGCUGAGGUCCCCGAGACUCCUGUCGCCCCCGAGUCUCCUGCCGCCGAGGCUCCCGAGGCCCCUGCCACCCCCGAGUUUGCUGCCUUGGAGGCCCCUGCCACCCCCGAGUUUUCUGCCUUGGAGGCCCCUGCCACCCCCGAGACUCCUGCGGCGCCUGCUGCACCCGCGGCUCCUGCCCUCCCUAAGGCUCCUGCAGCCCCCGCCACCCCCGAGGUUCCCAGCCGCAAGUAGGAAGCGGGCUCCUAUGUCGACAAGCAGGCGGGUUGAGGGUGACAUGGCGGAGGAGGUCACUGCUUAAUGGCGAUGCAUGUAUAAUGUUCUGAGCGGUUGAAGGGAGUUUUUGUCUGGAUUUUUUAUUUUAUCUGCGAGUUACUUGUGUAUAUAUAGUCGUGUCAGUUGGCGCGCAAAUUAGGUAGUCGAGCCAAAGCGACAGCGGUGCUCGGCGAUGGGCCGAUAAUAAUAAUUGUAUUUUGG